GCAGAUCGUCCCCCCACCCCCCCCCCCCCAUUCCGUGUAUUAAACCAGUGCCGCAAAAGCAGAGGCCGCCGAAGCCACCACUGGUUAGUUGGUUUUGCUGCUGCUGGCUCUCCUUUCUUCUCUUCCUCCUUCGCCGUAAAGAAGUUGUGUGGGUAGGGAGAGUAGGUGUAGCUUGGGGAGGGGGAGGGGAUUGAGCAGAGAAGCAAUUCGGUGUUGUGUUCGUCGGCUGGAAAGCCACUGAUCUUUUCUUUCUCGGGGUUCGCGGGAUUUGCUGGGGGCUGUGUUGGUAAGGUCAUGGGGAGGAGGCAGUGGUUGUGGAGUUUGGAUUCUUGAUUCUGUGGUGGUGUCCGGGGAGAAUUGGCGCUUGGGAGAGGGAGGAGAGAGGGGGGUUGAGGUGAUGAAUGGCUCGCCGGUGUCUAAGGAUCUGAACCUGCCGGUGCAGCCGCCGAUGAUCUCGUCCGGGCUGCUGAGGUACAGAUCGGCGCCCAGCACGCUGCUGGGCGAGGUCUGCGAGGACUUCCUCCCGACAGGUCCCAACGCCACCAGCCCCGACGCCGGUGCCGACGUCUUCUCCAGGUUCUUGGCUGACCACCAGAUCAGGGACAAACCCCCGGCGCCGGCCCCAGCGCCGCCGGCCCCCGCCGCGGCCCACUUCCCUAAUGAAGCCGCCAUGGCCUCCCAACAGCAGCAGCAGAUGAUGUUCCACUCCCACCAGCAGCAACAGAUGGCCGCCGUCGGGUCCGGGCUCUACCGCACCGUCAGCUCCGGCAUGGAGGCCGCCACCGCUGCCGGCGCCAGCAGCCUGAUCCGGCAGAGCAGCUCCCCCGCAGGAUUCCUCAAUCAUUUGAACAUGGACAACGGAUACGGGGGUAUGCUGAGGGCCGGCAUGGGCGUGGGCUUCAGGAACGGCAGCAGCGCCGCCGCGGCCGACUCCCCCGCCAGGCUGAAGGGGCAGCUCAGCUUCUCGUCGCGGCAGGGCUCGCUGAUGUCGCAGAUCUCGGAGAUGGGCAGCGAGGAGCUCGGAGGGAGCAGCUCUGAGGCUGCCGGUGGCGGCAGGGGUUACAUCCCCGGGUACCCGAUGGGCUCCGGGUGGGAGGACUCGUCGUCGCUAAUGUCGGAGAACUUGUCCGGGGUGAAACGCCCUCGGGACUCGUCGGAGCCUGGCCAGAACGGCCUGACGCACCAGUUCAGCCUACCCAAUACGUCGUCGGAGAUGGCCGACAUCGAGAAGUUCCUCCAGUUCCAGGACGCCGUGCCCUGCAAGAUCCGCGCCAAGCGGGGGUGCGCCACGCACCCGCGCAGCAUCGCCGAGCGGGUGAGGAGGACAAAGAUCAGUGAGCGAAUCAGGAAGCUGCAAGAGCUCGUCCCAAACAUGGACAAGCAAACCAACACUUCUGAUAUGCUAGAUUUGGCUGUCGACUACAUCAAGGAUCUCCAGAAGCAGGUUAAGGUGUUAAACGAGAGCCGCGCUAAUUGCACCUGCUCCGCGAGCAAGCAUCAGCAGUAUUCUAGCUGAAGCUCUGGACGCUGUACAAGACCUGGUGACCCCUGAAACAAGUUCAUUUGGGAUAGAGAUGUAAUUGUAGCUCUCAUUUCAUUGGGGUCGAGUAGAUCCAGAUGAAAGGCUUUCUGUAUGAGCAAUGGAGCAGUGGCAUCAUCAAGUAUUCAAGUGAUAGGAAAAGAGAGGGAGAAAGGGGAGAGACAUGGGAGAAACACUUGUAUUUUUUUUUAAUUUUUUUUUGCUGUAACUUCUGCGAUAUAUACCACCUGCAUGCUCAUGUCCAUUGCAUUUUCAUAGUAGAAAGUUUACUGUACUGCUACCUCUACUGGUAGCUGUAGCACC